AUGGCGAGGAAAGGGAAGUCAGCCGAUCUUGCAUUCCUCACCAUCAUGGCAUAUGACCGGUACAUUGCCAUUUGCGGCAGCACGCAGCAUGCAGGCUCAUACACAACAGGGGAUUUAGCUGUUUGGCUGGUGGAUAGCAGCGUUCUCUCUGUCCGGCAGGUUAGUCCUAGCCAGAACGUCACAGGGAGCGCAAACAGUUCGUCUGGGGCUGAUGAUGGCAAAGCUGAGCUGGAUUACCCUUUUGGGGAGCUCAUCAUCUCCUGUGGCUUCUUCCUGGUCUUCCUCAUCGAGAGCCUGGUGGUUCACUGCUGCCCUUCAGCCACUCAUUCCCAUGGAGCUGCAGCAUCCGACAAAGACCCCAAGGACAGCGCCCUAUCACCCAGCUCCUUCCGGGCCCUGGUGCUCUUCGUCUCGCUCUCCUUCCACUCUGUUUUCGAGGGGCUGGCUGUUGGGGUGCAGCGGGACAAAACAGAAGUGCUGCAGCUCUGUGGAGCUGUUCUGGUCCACAAGGCCAUCGUGGUCUUCAGCCUGGCCCUCAAGCUAGUGCAGAGCGGCACUCGGGCCCGCUGGAGGCUGGUCUACUUGGUGCUUUUUGCCCUUAUGUCCCCUGCUGGCAUUGCUGUGGGCAUUGGGGUCUCGUUUUCUGGGGGGGAUGCCAGCAGCCUGGCCAGGGCUGUACUGGAGGGGGUGGCAGCUGGGACUUUUCUCUAUGUCACCUUCAUAGAGAUCCUGCCCCAUGAACUGCACUCCUCAGAGGCUCCGCUGGCCAAAUUCUUCUUCAUUGGCAUUGGCUUCACAUUCAUGGCUGUCAUUGCCAUAUGGGCCUGAUGAUGGGGGAAGGCCAAGAAAUGGGAUGGGGGGCCUUUCCUCCUGGCAGGGAGGCAUGGGGAUGCCAGCUUGUGGGUGGGGGAGCUAGCUACCUGGCUCCAAAGGGUGGGGAAUAGGGCACAGGGUGCUAGUUCUGUCCCCAGGGUAGGGAGACUAGUCAGUGUGGGGUGUGGGGAGAGGUACCCCCUAGCCAGUGAGGGGUGUGGGGGACGUGGCUUAUGAGGACAGGCUGAGGGAACUGCAUUUAUUUAGUCUGGAGAAGAGAAGACUUGGA